UUCCUUCCUCAGACCUGUGAACACUGACUUCUGCAGUCUGUGGAGCAGCGAGCAGCUCAGCAGCCUCACACUGACCCGCUCAUCCACCGCGCUGCACCCCAGAACCUCUGAACCACAGCAGCUCUUCAUCACCUUCAUCCUCCUCACACUCUCAGGAUCAAACUUCAAACAUGGACCCAACUCACAUCUCUGCUGAGGACAUACAAGACCUGAGAGACGCCUUCAUGAAGAUAGACAUAAACAACGAUGGCUUCAUCAGCAAAGAUGAACUUAACGAACUCUUCAGAGCGGCUAAUCUCCCUCUGCCUGGAUACAAGGUCAGAGAGAUCGUCCAGGACCUGACCUGCAGCAGCCACACGCUGACCUUUGACCAGUUCACCCAGGUCAGUCAAAGGUCAAAGGUCACAACUCUUCCUUCACACAGGGGCUAAAGAGUCAGGACCACA